AUGUGGAUUCAUAAUGGGGAGGGAAGAAGCAUGUCCCGUCUGUCUCUAACACGGUCCCCGGUUUCUCCUCUGGCUGCUCAAGGAAUUCCUCUUCCAGCUCAACUCACCAAGUCGAACGCUCCCGUGCACAUCGAUGUAGGAGGACACAUGUACACCAGCAGCCUGGCUACCUUGACAAAGUACCCAGACUCCAGAAUAAGUCGUCUGUUUAAUGGCACAGAGCCUAUUGUCUUGGACAGUUUAAAACAACAUUAUUUCAUUGAUCGAGAUGGUGAAAUUUUCAGAUAUAUAUUAAGCUUCCUAAGGACAUCUAAGCUACUACUCCCAGAUGACUUUAAG